GGCAGAGCAUCGACAAAAAGGAGGCGUUUCCCUCUAAACAACACAUCAGCUGCAAAUUUAUGCAGAGCAGUGAAAUCUGUGCCUCCACCGCCGCCGCUGCUGCUGCUGUCCUGCAAAAGAAGAGCAAGCGGAGAGGGAAAAAAAAAAAACAGGUAGCACCACUGGGCACCGCGUUCAACCGACCGCGCCGGGGAGCCCGCUGAGUCCGCCGCCGGGAACCGGAGCUGGAGGGAGGCAGAGAAACCCGGAGCGGUGACGCAAUGGAGGCGGAUGGAGAGCAGAACCAGCAGGGAGCCUCGACCAAUGGGAGCACCUCCUCUGGGACGAGCUCCCGCCCCUCCCCAAUGAAUUCCAUGUCUGCGUAUGAAAGGCAGGCGGUACAGGCCCUUCAGGCGCUGCAGAGGCAGCCUAAUGCAGCGCAGUACUUCCAGCAGCUGAUGCUGCAGCAACAAAUCAACAGUGCCCAGUUGCAGAAUCUGGCUGCUGUGCAACAAGUCAAGGCAACCCUGGCAGCCAGUCGUCAAUCUAGUCCCUCCAACAGCUCCACUCAGACCAACAGCACUACAGUAGCCAGUGUAACAUCUGGAGCAGGUUCUACAACCAGCAGCCGUCCUUUGGGUGCUUCAGCCACAUCCACCAUCAGUCAGUCCAUGCUGCUGAGCGGGGCGGCUAGCGGUCAGGGACAAAUGUACCUGAGGGUCAACCACUCCCUGAGGAACCCCAUCCCCUCCCAGCUCAUCUUCAUGCCCGGCAGUACGGCAACGGCUGCGGUGGCGACCGUCGCCCAGCCGCCCCAGAGUCAGCAGCCGCAGGAAGUAACGCCAGCCCCUUCUGCCAGCAGCCAGUCGGAUAACGACCAGGCGCAGAACCUUGCCAUCCGAGGUGUGUCGAGUCCCAAAGGUAUGGGUGUUAAAAGUGAAGCCCCAGACAGGACUGACUCAGCUGCCUACUCCCUGGUCCAGUCGUCCCACCCGUCCACCCCCCAGUCACCAAAUAAACCCAGCCCACAGCCGCCUCACAUCAAAAUCCCCACCUACCCCCAGCCUACCAACUUCAAAGCGCACCCCGCCUCUUCGUCCGGCGCCUCUUCGUCCUCAUCCUCCGCCUCCUCCAUCCCCCUCUCCCAGCUCCUGCUUCACGGAACGCGAACGCUGACCACGGGGACCACAGUCCCCACGGCAGCGCGCGCACUGGUCCUGACCUCCAGCGCGACGUCUCAGGCCCACGGGUACCCGGUCGGCACGGCGACCAUCAAGCCAGCCGUCAACGCUCAGACGCUGGUGGUGCAGCCCUUGCAGAAGACCGCGCUCGGCUCCGACAAAUCGGGCCACGCCAACGGACCCAUUCCCAUCCAGCCGAAAACUUUGCAGGGCCUCCGUUUGCCCCUCCAGCUUCCCUCCAGGAACCCUCCGCCGAUCUUGCCCGCCCCGUCGCCAGCCAGCAGCUCUAACCACCCCUCCCAGCCUCCGCACAUCCCGGUCCAGAUAGUGGGGGCCAGGCAGAGCACGCUGGGAAGCACCCAGGCUCUGGCCCUCGCCCGCGGCAGCUGCAGCCAGGAAGGAGCCGCCGUCCUCAGCAGCUCGUCCAGCCUGCUCACCAUGGUGGCCUCCAUCGCCUCCAGGGAAGGCGGGGUUGUUGGUAGAGGGGUGGGGCUCAAGCCUCUUCAGACUCCCCAGGAGGCUCCCCCGCCAGCUCAGGCUCCCCAGCUGCAUCCUCAGACCAAUCAGAGCUCUGCACAGAGUCAGAACGGACCUUCGGCUCAGGGCCCCGCCUCCUCUCAGUCGCCGACAGUUCUGGCUCCUCCCCCCUCGCAGUCUCGCCCCGCACACUCCCUGCCCCAGCUGACCGAAGAGCAGAGGAGAGCGGGCGUGACGACAAACGGAGACGCGUCAGGAGGCCCGACGCCACAGGGAAAGCAGGGGAGCGCCUCCUUAAAGCGCAAAUCGGAUUCCAGUUCAGCAAACGAUGAAGACGGCCCGUCUCCUCCGCGGCUCCAGCCAGUCAGAGACCGCACCUCGACCCCCCCGGGCAAUCCCAUCCGAGCAGGUUCUGGUUCUCCUCCCCCGACCUCGUCCUCUCCAACGCCGAUCCUGUCUGUGUCCCGGGCGGCCUGCGGUCCGGGGGAGCGGGCAUCACCGCCUCAAGCUGUUGUCAAACCACAGGUUCUGACUCAUUUAAUUGAAGGCUUUGUUAUCCAGGAAGGAGCAGAGCCGUUCCCGAUAUGUGGUCCGGCGAAGGACUCUGCCGGGGAGGAUCUAACGGAUGACAGUCCGGACACUAACCAAUCAGAGACUGUCACCACCGCAACAGUGCUGAAGUGUGAGUACUGCAAAAACUUUGCUCCCGCCAGCCAGUUCAGAGGCACCAAAAGGUUCUGCUCCAUGUCUUGCGCCAAGAGUAUGUAUUGGUUCCCCAGGUACAACGUCAGCUUCAGACAGAGCUUCAGCGCGCGGCACAGUCACAGCCAGCGCAAAGACCCGGAUCACGCCGUGGAUCGGGAGCAGGAUCAGGACCAGGACCAGGACCACGGCCAGGGCCGCUUCUCAAACUCUGACGAGGACGGAGGAAUUGCGAGGAGGAGGGUCCCUCGUAGGACGAGCUCAGAAAUAGCCAGCGCAAAGAUAGCAGGAAGACCCAUGCCUGCAAAGUGCCGCUCAGAGUCCAGCCACUCCGACGAGGAGUCGAGUGGACAGGAGGAUGAGGAGGACGCCAUGUCUCUGUCACCUGCUUCAUCAGCGUCCUGCCACCAGCCGCCUCCACCAGCAGCAACCGAGAGCUCAGCACCCAACUGCCUGCCUGCUAGCCCCACCCAGUGGACAGUGGAGGAAGUGUCGCAGUUUAUUUCCUCGCUGCAAGGCUGCGAGGAGAUCGCCUCCCAGUUCCUGUCGCAGGAGAUUGACGGGCAGGCUUUGCUGCUGCUGAAGGAGGAGCAUCUCAUGUCCACCAUGAACAUCAAGCUGGGUCCGGCCCUGAAGAUCUGCGCUCACAUCAACACGCUGAAGGACUAGCGCCUCCGUCUGACCUGUUUCAUAUCCGUUAAGCGGACCGGGAUCAGAUGUGGAACUGUUGUGAUAGUGGGAAGAGAAGACCUCCAGGUGAAUGUAUAUGAGGCUCAUUAAGAUUUCAAACAACCGCAGACUCUGCUGUUGAAUGAGCACUUCAGCGUGGAAGCCUGCUGUCCGUUUGCUCACUCCUGGUCUCUUUCUGAAAGUCAUAUUUACAGAGAUUGAGAGGAAUAUCUGCUUGGUAAUUUAUCUUGAAAACUAUGUUUGAUGAAGAUUUUUUUUUGUUGUUGUUGAAGGUACCGAUUGCUGUCCAAAAUCGCUCCAUGCAACAUAUAAAUGAAGAUUUUUGUUAUUAUUAUUGUUAUUUUUCUUAUCAUUUUGCACUUCCGAAGCAAACGGCUGAAAGGUUUUUCCAACACGUAGGAAAAUCGCUCCUCUUGUUGAAAGCUGAGGCUGUCACAUUUCUUUUUUUUUUUUUGUGAAAUCUAGUUUGUUUUGAUUUAUUUGUCAAAUGGAAAGGGAAAAUGUAAAAUGGCUGCAGAAAGAGCGAUUGUUUCGUUUUGGACUACAGGAGAGUUUGAAAGGAAGUUCUGAAGUCUAACCUGCAUGGCUCCUUGCUGGUUUUAGCGCUGAAGGUUUUCCAUUUGGAAGCGUAUGCUUUGAGGAAAAAUAGGUAAUUAACGUGAAAAGUGUUUAUUUACUAAUGGUACGAAGGACCAUCACCAGGCAUAAACGCUGGCCUGUCUUUGAUGGCUUCCCUCUAGCUAAUAGGGUACAGUGAGAGAACAGGGUAUGGAAAGCUGAAAUGCCAGACCAGAGUUCAAAUGAAACCCAAAACUGUCAAGGUUCUGAGAGUAGAUCACACCUAGAGAAGAUUCAGACGUCCUCGGGUUUUUGUUUACAGGACGGAAAGGAGAAAAACACAACAGCAAGAAUCUUCAGGGUUCCUUCGCAGCCAGAAAAGAAGUAUAAGUUUUGCUUUGACCGUUUUUUAGGUCUGGAUAAGUAAUAAAAGAAAACCGAAUAUGAAAAAAUGUUUGCGUUUUCUAACUUUGUUCCUUAUUCUAUUACCUUAAACAUAUGAGUCUUUACCUAUAAACAGUGAAGUAAUCCUUACCUUCAUUUAUAUUUAACUCACGUUUUUCAUUUUUGAAUUUCCAUAUCUUUUUUUUUUUGACAAACCUAAUUAUCAGUUUCAUUUGAGUUAAUGAGUGAGAAAACACACAAUAAACAGUUUUAAAAACUACCAUUUCACAGAGUUGAGACUUUAAAAAUUGACAUUGUAGGAUAGAGUGACUUUAACUUGCCAAAAAAAAAAGAAGUGGCCUUUACCACACCGUUGGAACAGAAGCCAACUUUAGUUUAGUCUUUGGAUGGAUUUAUAAAACCUGCAGAUAAUAAACCCCAACUAUUUAUUUUCACUUAAAUCUCCAGAAAAUCUAAGAUUUGAGUUUGGAAAGGCGUUGAAUUCUGAAAAGAAAAAAUGCGCAGGGACCUUUAAUCUUCCACUGAAAGAUUUGCUUUUCCUGUCAUUAAGCUUUCUAAAAGAAGACCUCCAGAUAUUUUUUCUUUUUUUUUUUUUUGUUUAAGCUGUAUAAACAAACUUGUAGCAGAUACUGUCUGAAAUGUGAAAUAAAAAGGGGCAGCAAACAACACCAAAUGCAAGCUGGUAAAGAAUCUUUAAGCUGAGUUGUUGGGAAAUCUCUUGAGGAAACGGAAACGUGGACCUACAUUUGAUACGGACUAAGAAACCCUAACGUCAGACUCAAUCACAAUGUGAAUAAUAAAAAAAAAAAAACUUUAAGCUAUACUGUAGUAAGUGUAAAAAUUUGCCUUUAUAUUUAAUUGCACAUUUGUUUUUCUUGACUGCCUUGUUUAAACGUUUUUUAUGUCGGACGUUUUCUCAUGUUCUCUCGUGGCCUUUCUUACUCUCUACACUAGAUUUAGACAACUCUGUUAUUUUUUACCUGCUUUUCUUAUCAUUCCUUCUUUUCUAGAAACAACCCUAAUUUUUUAAACCCUCUUCUUUGAAGCAGUGACAUCCAUUGCUUUUUCCCAAAGCGUGACUGAAUAGUAGCUACCUUUUAUUAAGGAAACCUCUCUGUCUUCCUCAUAGCUUUCUCAUAUAUUGUGUACCUACCAACAAUAUUUACCUUCGUAGCUAGCUAUCUUUGGCUUUAUUGUGACGGAUCGUGGCUUUUUUCUUUCCAGACGGGAUAGUCCUUGAUUGCUGUGUCUUUUUUUUUUUUCUUUGUUUUGUUUUUCUCGGUCUCACCAGGAUUCUGGAGUAUUUAAAUUUUGCAGGUCCUUUCCACGUGUGAAGUUGGAUUAAAAGGACUAAUUGAAUGUGUUGUUUCCUGUUAAUUCCGUUGUAACAUUUAUAUUAGGUGGAUCUACUCAGCUUUGUUGAUUUGAUCUACUUUCACCCAAACAAGCAGCACCUUUCUCCCCGAAAUUACUGAAGAUUCUGCAACUCUUUCGUUUGCAAUAAUCAGAAAAACUGCGAAAUCUUGAAGGAGUGUGUUUGACGAAGAGUGGUUAACACUAUAAUGCAAAUAAAUAAUCAAGGAACUGUUGUAGAA